ACCCACCUUUGGAAGGAGCUCACUAUGACAGGGCAGAGUCUGAGGGCUUUAUCUGAAGCGAAUUUUGAAGACAAUGAGAUCAGCAUCAACGUUGGAGGCUUUAAGAAAAAGAUGAGAUCCAACACAUUAUUAAGGUUCCCCGAGACCAGGCUGGGCAAAUUGCUGAGCUGCCACUCAAAGGAGUCAAUACUGGAGCUUUGUGAUGACUAUGAUGACACCAAGAAUGAAUUUUAUUUUGACAGGAACCCCGAGCUCUUUCCUUACGUGCUACAUUUUUAUAACACUGGCAAGCUCCAUGUGAUGGGUGAACUCUGUGUCUUCUCUUUCAGCCAGGAGAUUGAAUACUGGGGAAUCAAUGAAUUCUUUAUAGACUCCUGCUGCAGUUAUAGCUACCAUGGGAGGAAAAUGGAGCCAGACCAAGAGAAAUGGGAGGAACAAAGUGACCAGGAAAGUACAACAUCUUCUUUUGAUGAGAUUUUGGCAUUCUACAAUGAUGCCUCUAAAUUUGACAAACAGCCCUUUGGAAACAUCAGGAGGCAGCUCUGGCUUGCUUUGGAUAACCCUGGGUACUCGGUUUUAAGUCGCAUCUUCAGUGUCCUUUCAAUAAUGGUGGUGUUGGGCUCCAUUGUGACCAUGUGCCUGAACAGCCUCCCAGACUUCCAGAUCGUUGACAGCAACGGGAACACCGAGGAAGACCCUCGCUUUGAAAUCGUGGAACAUUUUGGUAUUGCAUGGUUCACUUUUGAACUGGUGGCAAGAUUUGCAGUAGCUCCUGACUUUUUAAAAUUUUUCAAGCAUGCCCUGAAUUUGAUUGACCUAAUGUCUAUCCUUCCAUUUUAUAUUACAUUAAUUGUCAACUUGGUGGUGGAAAGUAGUCCAACUUUAGCAAAUUUAGGCAGAGUUGCACAAGUCCUGAGACUCAUGAGGAUUUUCCGCAUAUUAAAGCUUGCUAGACACUCCACAGGUCUCAGGUCUCUUGGAGCCACUCUGAAGUACAGCUACAGAGAGGUGGGGCUUCUUUUACUCUACCUCUCUGUUGGCAUCUCCAUUUUCUCAGUAGUGGCUUACACUAUUGAGAAAGAAGACAAUGAGGGGUUAGCCACCAUCCCUGCUUGUUGGUGGUGGGCUACUGUUAGCAUGACCACAGUUGGCUACGGGGAUGUGGUGCCAGGGAGCACUGCUGGCAAGUUGACGGCAUCUGCAUGCAUCCUAGCUGGUAUCCUAGUGGUAGUGCUUCCCAUUACACUGAUCUUUAAUAAAUUCUCCCACUUCUAUAGGCGUCAGAAGCAGUUAGAGAGUGCCAUGAGAAGCUGUGAUUUUGGUGAUGGCAUGAAAGAAGUUCCAUCUGUCAACUUAAGGGACUACUAUGCUUAUAAAGUUAAAUCCCUUAUGGCCAGUCUGACCAAUAUGAGCAGGAGUACCCCCAGUGAGUUGAGCCUGAAUGAUUCACUGCAUUAGUGUACAAGUCUGACAGCAGUUUGCAUGAGAGCUAUCAAGAGCUAUGUUUAUAAAUGUUUUCCUAUUUGUCUUUUUUUUUUUUUUUUAGAAGAUAGUGUGCAGUGCUGACACUGCACUUUGCACUUGGAAACUAAAGACAUUUCUAUUACAAGUUAACAGUUUGCACAUUUUCAUCCUGUUGCAUAAAGGUACUAAGUGCUGACUUUUCCAUACAAAUGUUACCACUUCCAUGCCAUUAAAUUAGUGGAAUAGUGAUGAUCUGUUGCUUUGUGCAUUUUCUCAUAUGAGCAGAGAAAUGAAUGUACCCAAGUGGAAUAAAAAUUCUCAGCUG